CGAGGGCAGACUGAGAGUCAUUGAGAUGCAAGUCGAGGAGCACAGAAACCAGAUGCAGCGAGUCGUGCACCAAUAUACAGACCUGGAGGCCAAACUGACGGCUGCUGAUUUGAAGGGUCAGAGAAAGAAAGUGGAAAAACUGCAGAAGGACAGUGAAGAGUUGAAGACAAGAACGACUGAAGUGCAGAAUAAGCUUGGAGAGACAGACGCUGAAGUGAAGUCCCUGCAGGCUGCUGAUCAAGAGCUGGAGACCAGACUGAACGCCACUGACGUCCAGACAGAGACGCACAGAAACCUGCUGUCCCAAAUACAGGUGGACGUUCUGGAGAUUGAGUUCAAACUGGAGGCCAGUGAGGGUGUACACAUGAAACUGAAUAACCGACUGGAAGACACUGAGAAACAAGUGGAGGCGCUGAAGACUGUGGAUCAAGAGCUGGAGGCCAGACUGAAUGCCAGCGAUAUCGAAGGCCAAAACACUCGAGUGGAGCAACUGCAGAAGGAAAGCAGAGAGCUGAACAUCAGACUGACAGAGCUGGGAGGGAAGUUUAGAGAUGUGGAGUCAGACGUGAGAGCACUGCAGACGGCUGAUCAAGAGCUCGGGUCCAGAGUGGAAGCCGGUGAGGGGUUAGUGAAGAAGAUGAACGAACGUGUUGAAGUUACUGAAACCAAAAUGGAAAAACUGGAGAAAAUAAAUCAAGAUUUGGACGCCAGACUGAAAGCAGCUGAGAGUCUGAGCCAGGAGAUGAAGACAGAGCUGGAACAAACAGAGGCCGACAUGGAGGCACUAAGAGCAGCAGAUAAAGAGCUGGAAGCCAAACUGGAAACGAGUCAAACUCUCCAAAAGGAGCUUGAAGAUAAAGUUGAGCAAACUGCUGCAGCGGUGGAGGAGGUGAAGGCAACAAUGACUGAUGAUAAAGUGGCGUUCACCGUGGCUCUGGAGGAGAAUCAAGAGUUCAUUGGGCCGUUCGAAACAGAGACCACGCUCAUCUACAAGAAAGUCAUCACCAACAUAGGAGACAGCUAUGAUCCCACCACAGGAGUGUUCACAGCUCCAGUCAGCGGGGUCUACCACUUUACCUUCUACUCUCACGCUAAUGGAGAAAACCCUGGAUUUUUAAUCUUGCACAAAAACAAUGAGGUGAUUGUUGGCACGGCGGAGCACCCAACCGUCUCUGACAUUACCGAUAAUGGCUCCAACGGGGCGGUGCUGCUUCUGCAGAGAGGAGACCAGGUCGAUGUGCGCAUGGAAGCAAAGUCCUGGGUCUGGGCAGACAGCGAGCGCAACCUCUGUACCUUCACUGGUAUUCUGCUGUACAGUACACCAGGUGAUGUCCCUGAAACCACUGUGUAACUUU